CAGAGUUUAAUGUCGUUCAUCAAGUUCGGCUACGCGCUAGUAGUGGUGACGCUCCUGCUCAUGAUAUGGGCCUCCCUGUCGAGAGCUCUCGAACUCCACGUAGACACCGGUCACCCAUCAUGCCUCUUCCAAGCGCUGUGUACCUGCUCCAAGCCAGCUGGCGACCUGGGCAUAGUGACCUGCCGUCAUGUACCCCUACUGAGGGUGCCUGCUACCCUGAACAGCUCCAAGGUCUUCACUCUUCAGCUCACGGGGAACAGGAUAAGGGAAUUGGAACCAAAGUUCUUUCAAGCUACAGGAAUGUACAGGCUAGCAAUAAAUCAGAACCCCCUGGAGACGAUCCACGAGGACGCCUUCUACGGGCUGGAGACGACGCUGUGGGAGCUGGAGCUGAGGUACGACGGGCUCACGACGGUGCCCAGCAAGUCGCUCAGGAACCUCGGGAAGCUCAGGCUUUUGGAUUUAACUGGUAACGAAAUAACAGACAUAUCUAGCAACGACUGGAGCCUGGGCACGCUACAGACCCUGAUCCUAGCAGACAAUUCGAUAGCUAACCUGCCCAUCGAUGCGUUCUCAAGUCUUCUCAUGCUGGAGACGCUCGACCUUCGAGGGAACCACCUGGCGUCUGUCGACGGAGGCGUGUUUAGGGAUGGCAUGAACAGGCUCAACAAGUUGCUACUUGGCGACAAUCAGUUGACCUUCAUUCCCUACGAGGAAGUAUCGCCACUAAGGCAACUACGAGUGCUGGACCUGUCAAACAACGUGAUCAAACAAGUGCCUCCUGUGCAUGAGACUCCCACCAGGCUGUCUCUGGAUAUACUGAAGUUGGACAACAAUGUCAUUACAGAACUUCACCCAGGAUCUUUCAAAAACUUUCAAGUAUUAAAUUCCACUUCUUUGGAUGGGAAUCCAAUUCAUGUUCUAAGGGAAGAUGCAUUUCGCAAUGCCAAAAUCAAGAUCCUCUCUCUCCGCGACUGUGGCAUCUGGGACCUGUCUCCCGCAGCGUUCGCUGGCCUGGAGAACAGUCUGCAGAGCCUGGACUUGUCCGAGAACAAUCUGACGAUGAUAUCCAAGUUCAUGCUGAACAAACUCGACUCGUUGAGGUUUUUGAACCUGAGGGAGAACAAGGUCGAUAUCAACACCUUGGCGACUAAUACCCCCACCGAGUACGAAGUGACGUCAUACAACAACUUCCAACACAAGCUGUUCUCUUUGGACGUCAGUGGCGCCUCCUCGAUAGAGAUGAGCUUACAAGAUGUGAGAAGAAUGCGCUCCCUCCGAUACCUAUCAGUAGGCAAGUUGAUCAGAAAGAGCAUACGCGCUGAAGACUUCCUCGACUUCGGUGUGGACCUGGAAGACCUGAAGGUGUAUGGGAGCACCAUCAAUCGCAUCGAGUCGAGUGCUUUCCAGCAUGUCCGGACUAUCAAGACCUUGGACUUAUCGGAGAACGAGAUUGACUUCAUUGAUCCUUUCGCUUUUGCUGAGCUACACAGCCUCACAACUUUAAAAUUGGCUAAUGGUCUAGCGGAAACAGUAAAGAUUCUGCCUUUCGAGCCUCUAAAAGCUCUCAUAGAGCUACAGCAUUUGGACCUAAGUAACAACAAGCUGAAGAACGUUCCAGAUACCUCUUUCCACUUCUUGUACAAGUUGAAGUCUCUGAACCUUCAGGACAAUGCUAUUGACCACUUUUCCAAAGGAACACUUCAGGGUGACAUUCACCACCAGCUACAAAGCAUUUGUUUAUCCCUGAACCAAAUGAACCAAAUAGUUCAACACACGUUUGUGGAGCUGAAAGAACUACAAGAAAUCCUAAUAGAAGACAACUUGAUAGAAUCGAUUCAGAGGCGAGCAUUUACCAGCUUGGACAAUGUCAAAGUGAUCAAACUGAAAGGGAACAGAAUUUACGAGAUCUUUGAUGAAGCCUUCCAGAAUAUUCCGGCUUUGAAUGAAUUGGACAUCUCGUUUAACCAACUUAACACAUUUAGAUUCUCAAUCUUUGACCAAGUCGGUUCGGCCGCUGCUCUCAAAGUAAACGUUUCUCAUAACAGAAUGGUUUCCCUGAGGGACUCUAAUGCACACAGUUUCCUAUACAGCUCUGAGUUUUACCAACCGAAAGUGCAAAGUCUCGGGAUAGUGUCUGUAAACAUCAGAGUGAUGGAUUUCUCUCACAACAAUAUAUCUGAAAUCGCUCCUUAUUACUUCAGACAUGCAGAUUUUACUCUGGCCGAAUUGUACCUUUCUCACAACCUGUUAAGAAAUAUUACAAGGGAUGUGUUCGGUUCUUUGGCAGCCCUACAGUAUUUGGACCUUUCACAUAAUCAGAUCUAUCACAUGGAAUACGAUUGCUUUGCUCGAGCCAAAGCAUUACAGAUAAUAGAUUUAUCCCACAACUACUUGACUGAAUUACCCGUGCAAGUUUUCCACGAGAUGCCAUCUUUGAUUUCUUUGGACCUUUCAAACAACCGUAUCAGAAAUUUGGCAGAUAAUCUGAUUGUUUCACCCCUUUUGGAGAGACUUGAUCUCUCCAACAACUACCUAUCGCGGGUGCCCACCAACUGCUUCUCUCCGUCCACCGCAGCUAACCUCGUGGAGCUAGACUUGAGUGGUAACACCAUCCCAGCCAUCUCCAUGGCUGACUUCGUCCAGAGAUAUCGGACUGACCAGAGCGACUGGCAGGAGGAGCCGGACUACAGCGACGAGUACAUGUACCAUACUGCAAGACGGGACCACACGAGGGUGUACCACCAAAAAAAACAGUACCACCAGAACUCGCUGUAUAAGUCUUUACUGAGCUUGGACCUCUCCGACAACCACUUGGUCCGAAUCGAAGGCAACACUUUCUCGGUGCUGCCCAAGCUGCGCUGGCUGGACCUCAGCAACAACUCGCCUUUCAACAGUGGGGAGCGAGGAGUGAGCGUCUUCAAGGGUCUGGAGAGGAGACUCUUCCAUUUGGGACUGAAGAACGUCAGCCUUACCACUGUGCCAUCCAUGCUUCUGACAAAACUAAAGAGCUUAGAUCUAUCAUACAACAAUUUGCCAACGAUCCCGUUGGAUACCACAGCAAACCUGACCGGUUUGAGGAAAAUUGAUCUAUCAUACAACGACCUAACCACAGUGCCAGUGGCUGUACAAUCUCUCAACGACCUUCGAUGGUUGUCGCUAUCUGGCAACCCCGUCACGGCACUCAUGAAUAACAGCCUUUAUGGAGUAUCCUCACGGCUGGAAUACCUCGACGUGACCAAGCUGAAGUUAAGAAUUCUGGAGCACGGAGUAUUCGGCAAGAUGUACGCUCUACGAACCCUAAAGAUUUCAACCUCCCCCGAUUUGAGAGAAUUCAACGUCCCCCGAAUGCUGGCUUAUAACGCGGCGUUAGAAAACUUAUACGUAGACGUGGAGUACAGUCCAGAGUUUGGACAGCAGAUGAGCGCGGCGUUACCUUGCAAGCUGAAUAACAUCACCAUCACUGGACGGUCUUUGGUGUCGCUAGCUCCUUAUCUGUUGUUUGGUGUUCACUCCAAAGUGCUACGGCUUACUGUCUUCAACACGAGUAUAGAAGAAAUCGAGAGUCAAACCUUCUGGAAGCCAGGUCGCAUCAGAAACUUGACCCUGGACCUUCGCUCCAACUACAUUACGAAGGUCUCCAACCCCGCCCAGAAAGACUGGCCUGGGGUGCCCAACAAUAUGUUCCUCCAUGACAUAUUAAUAUCAGGGAACCCCCUGAUUUGUGAUUGUGGAAUUGGAUGGAUUGAAGCAUGGGACAGGAAACGAAGACAGUACUUAUGUAACAGUCCAUUUAACUGCGUCGCAACUAGAGACGACGUCAGGUUUGCGUCAUGCCCGCUAAAUGAUAACAGAACUCUCGUUGAUGUUAUGCAAAGAGACCUGGACUGCAGUUAUAACAAAGGAUUUUUCAGUUCACCCAACUUGUACAUUAUUAUAGGAAUGUCGUUUUUAACGUACCUGUACAUUUGAGGGUUGUUUUGGAUGCUUGGGGUUUACGAAGAGUUCUACCGAAUUUUAGCAAGAGUGUACCAAUUUUAGACGAUUUUCGAGGAUUUAAGAUCCUAUUGGGUUUAUGAAUUGGAAAAUUGGUGCCAUCUUGUUCAUACAUGUAUACUGACGUGUACAGGUGUAAAUAGACCAGUCAAAAAUAGAGUAUCAUCUGAUAAAUAACGCCAAGUAAGGAGUGAGAUUAUCGGAAUGGAAUAUUAAGUAUUGUACCUGUUUAAGUGGCCUAAACUGCAUUCAAAAAUCUCUUGAGGUAUACCUUAAAGCCAAGUCAUAGUAAUAGUGAUGGACAAAGUUGCCCAAAGGCAUCAAGUGAGGAUAUGCAAGAAUCAGUGACUUUUAUAUUAAGUGGUUGAGUAAUCUAGUGAAGCCUACUAAAUUGUGAUUUACCGUUUAAAUGGAGGAGAGUGAUCUCAAGGGAUUGAUUCUAGAAACGUUUUAAAUAUUUUAAUAAUUUUAUUCCGUAAUGUUUGUUAUUGGUUUCGCGUGUGUAGAUUUAAGGUUUAUUUUAUACGCGUUUCGUGCACAGCCUUUUGUGUUUUUUCUUAUUUAUGAAAAAUAAAGUCCAAAGGUGCGUCGAUCGAUCAUCAUUAGUGUGGAAGUGCACUUAAAUGUGUCUUAGGUGUUGCAUUUACGUCAGUGUUAAGAUAAGUUCACAUGAAAGCAAUGACUUAAUUACGAUAAAAGUCUAUUUAGUUAGACUGUCGCUCGAAUGAUGUGUUCGUCCAUUUAAGGUUAAUAAUGUUAUUUAUAGGAUAUUUGUUUGUCUUAUAGAAAUCUAGAUGUAAAUGUACAACAUCAUCUUAACGAUUCUGUAUUUUUAUCCUUACUUUCUUCGUCUUUUCUCGUCGCCUUUAUUAGUAAUCAUUAUAGAACCUAUUUAGAGUCACACAUUGUCCGAUUUUGUCAGGUAAUCAGGUCUAAUGGCCCCGCCCAUAUCUUAUGGCUCUCUAAAGGUCGCAGUUGGAAAAGGACCGGCUUUUUGACUGAAGUUCAACGUCAAUUCGAACGAAAACUGAAUAUUAUUAUCAAAAAUCUAACAAUGUGUGGGCAUACAAAAUUAGUAUCAAAAAAUGUACAAAAAAGUUUUCCAUUCCAAAUAUCACACUAAUAAUGGUUAACUUUAUGACGCUUGAUCCUAUUUACUAAUUAGGCUCUAAUAUUUUCAUUGUUUAGCUGUUUACAAAUUCUAUCUGGUUAACUCGUUGAAAACAUAUUUUAUUACAUAUAUCUAUUGAUGUGUCAGUAGCUGUUUCUAUCUACAAAGCAUGCUGUAUCAUAUACAUUGUCAUUGUACGUAUAAAUUAGGGAUGUAUUGACUGAAUUUAAGUAUUUCAGAGCUAUUUCGCUGGUAUACUUAUUAUAAGAGUUGUUUGUAUUGUAUGGUAUCCGAAGUGGCUUAUUUAAAUAUAUUUUUUUGUCUGCUUCUGCAAUAGUUUUUUCUGUUUUUAUUUUUGCGAACGGACGACUACAAUCUCACCUUUUGGUGUUCAAAUAAAAAUGACUGUUAAUUUAUGAACAUUAAGUUUUUUUUAAGCAAUAUUGUGUAGUCGUACGAUGAGGUUCGCAAGAUCUUUUAACACUUUUGCACGCUAGCUGUUUCUAUAUGUUAAUCGUUUUGUUUCGGAACAAUAUGCAUGUUGUAGCUUGAAGUUAUUAUCUAAUGAGUAAAUUCAAUUACCUCUUCUUCAGUGGUCCAGUUCGAUUGUGGUAGCAGGCCUACAAGUUCACUUUUGUUUUCAAUGUCAUAGGUAUGAUGCAAACCACUUAUAUCGACUACAGUUACUAUAUUACAAGUUCCAUGUUUGACAUUGAAAACGAAAGGAUGUCGUUGAAACAAUGUAUAUAUUUUGUGAUAUAAUAUUACUCUAAUCCUUCUAUUUUUGAUAAAGCCUACAAUGAGUAUUGCUGACCUGAACGGGAAUUGUAUAGCAAAUUAUCACUAAACUAAUACAGCUUCUACAACGUAGCUUACAGUAUCGCAGUCAAUUGAACGAUCAUAAAUAUAAUUUAACUAAACCGUUGUAUAAAAUAACUGUUACGCAGAUUUUCCAUUUCUAUAGCUAUUUCAAGUUAUAGGUCUAUAGAUUUAAUAGAUGCUUGUUAAUGUUUCAUAAUAAGUAAAGUCUCAUUAAAUUUACCUUCUUUAAUACCUUCAAGAAUAUCUGUAUUUUUGGUAAGAUACACAAGAGUAGUGACUUGCCUUUCUAAUUACGAUAUUUCAGUGAGUGUAAGUAUUCAAGAAUCAGUUACUUGCAUAGGUUAAAGGGAUGUUCCUAAAUUGGUUAAAGGUGUACCGUGUUAACGACAAAUAUUUACAGGUUUCUUAUCAACUGUUUGUUAGUUUUGAGUCUAGUUUAGCAAUAUUUUUUGGGUUAGUUGGUGAUUGAUUACUUGAGAACCUACGCUCAUUAUUUGUCUACUGUCUCAGUAAUAGUUCUUAUACGACCUAUAAAUUGAAUCUUAAGAUAGACUAACUCCUCAGCAAGGUCCUAUUGUGAUAGACAUAGCAAGUGCCAAUGAAUGGAUUAUUUACAUAACCAAUAUCCUUAUUAAAUAUCUAUACAAAUACAUUUUAAAAAUAUUUUACUUUGCAACUGCUUUCGAUAUUUAAAAUUUGUUUAAAAUUAAAAUAAAUCAAUUAUCAUGUUUGAAAUUAAAUUGUUUAUCGUUGUUGUCAUUUAUGUUGUCAUGUUAAAUUACGAUUAAAAUAACAUUCGGUCCAAAUAUAAUGAUUAUGAUUUCUUUGAAACAUCCUUUCAAACUUUGUUUUGAAACAUAAAUAAUAUUUAUUUUUGUUAUAAAAGAGUGCCGCUACAGUCUACGGGAUUAUUAACUAUAUUGAUCAGUAUUUUCGGCAUUGUCUAUUACUCUAGGUAUCUGAUGCCCGUUUUCACUAUCAAUCCCAAAUUAAGUGACCCCUAUGGUAACAUAACAGGAAUUUUGUUUUCAUAGGGGUCACUUAAAAAUUAGGGAUUGAGUGUGAAAACGAGCAUAAGAACGUCCAAAUUUCGUUAUGGGCAAAAGGGAUACCUAGUAUAUCGAUUUGAAAAUACGGAUCAUUGUAAGUUUUAAUCCCGUUGUUCCUGAUACAAAUGCGUCUUGCGAAGAGUGUUCUCAAUGACCAAAGGUAUCCUCUAAUGAAAAAGGUUAGUAGGUAUACCUACUUACACCAUGUGACAAACCCUACGCUUGAUGUUAUUUAUUAUAAUAGAUCUUAAAGCGGCACUAAUAUAAAGAAGUAUAUUUUUGGCAAAGUUUGAAGGGGUAAAUUAAUCGUGAUAAAGCUGUAAAUAAUAUUUAUUGAAGCGAACAAAGCAAGUAAGCGAAUUUGUGGAGUAAUUCUUUGAGGGAUGGGGACAAGGAACGAUUUUGUCUUCACUACUUUAACAAAUCUACUAAAUAGUGUGGAAUAAAUAG